CCAAACCCUAGAGAGAACUCUGUUGAAGACGGCGAACAUGACGUCAUCUGGAGGAAAGAAGCAGGUCGUGAAGAAGAUGAUCCCGUGCUGCAUGAAGAUGGGGAUGAAGAGAGGACCAUGGACGGCGGAGGAGGAUGAGAUUCUUGUUAGCUUCAUCAAGAAAGAAGGCGAAGGAAGGUGGAGAUCGCUUCCCAAGAGAGCUGGUUUACACCGAUGUGGAAAGAGCUGCCGCCUACGGUGGAUGAACUAUCUCCGGCCGUCUGUAAAACGCGGCGGUAUCACUCCCGACGAGGAAGAUCUCAUCCUCCGCCUUCAUCGCCUCCUUGGCAACCGGUGGUCACUGAUCGCGGGAAGGAUACCGGGAAGGACUGAUAAUGAGAUUAAGAACUAUUGGAACACUCAUCUUCGUAAGAAACUCUUAAGUGAAGGCAUUGAUCCUCAAACCCACAAGCCUCUUGAUGCAAAAAAUGCUCAUCAUAAACCCGGAGAAGAAGUUUCCGGUGGACAGAAUCUUCUAGAGCCUAAUUCUAGUUCUCACACUGAUGACACCACCGUUAAUAGCGGAAAUGAAGCUAGCAAGAUCACUUUCAGUGUCUUUGGUGGUGAAGACAACGAAGACUUUGGUUUCUGUUACGAUGAUAAGUUUUCUUCGUUUCUAAAUGCGCUUAUCAAUGAUGAUCCUUCUGAUAGUAAUAUUCCAUUGUCCCAGCCGUUACGGACGCAAGAUUGUACUGGUGCGAUUGCUGGAACGUCGUCUAGCUUAGAACAUGGCCAGAAAUUAGAAGAUAUAUGA